AUGUCGACCACAAACGAUCCCAUGCGCGAAACUACUGUGCGCCCUUCCCAACAAGGCCUUGAAAAUAUCCUUCAAGGUGUUCAAGGUGUUGAAACCAGACUUAAAGGAAUUAACACCCAACUUUGCAAGAUACUGGAAACUACUAAAGGGAUUACAGCCAAACUUGACAAGACGAUCGAAAAAGUUGAAGAAAUCGACGCCAAUCUUGGCAAAACACUGGAAACACUGAAAGGAAUUGACACCAAAGUUGAAGGACUUGACAAGCAGCUGAGAGACUCUUUCCAGGCUAUUGGAGCUAAAUGUGACGAAAGAUUUGAUGAAUUUGACAAGAAGCUGGAUCAACUUGGAAAUUUCAUCGCCAUCUUUACUGCCGCUCCUAACACUACUUUCGAAAGAGCUAAACUGUAG